UCAUUUCAGUUUCCGUUUUUCCAAAUUGUGUUUCUGUCUUAUCCCUUUUCUCUCGCCUUAGCCCUCGCCCAAAUUUUUCCUUUGUCUUCACCGUACACGUCAAUCGGAAUCGGAAUCGGAAUCGGAAUCGGAAUCUCAAUCGGGGACAUUUCUUCGUUGGUUUCCGAUGCGAAGUUUUGCAAUUGGGAUGUGAGCGUAAUCUUGGUUCGAUUUUGGCUUGGUUCUUGGAGAAGUUAAGUUGAUGCUAUUGCUUUGUCCCAGGAUUUUUUUUUUUGUUCAAUUCCGGUUCAUUUCAGUGGAGGCUUCUUGUUUGAGGAAAAAUGAAGGGUGUUAGAGACUGGUUGUUUUCUCAAUUAGUAUCCAAGUCUGUGGUUUCAUCAAGACCAUUACUGGGGAGUGACAGUUUCUUUGGUGAGGAAAAUAAAGAGCACAUGGAUGAAAACCAAGAUGAUGAAGUUGCACAAGCAACCGAUAUUGUAGCUCCAACUCCCCUUCAUACAUCAGACUCUGGUGGGAAUUUGGAGAAUCAAGAUGAUUUGUCCGUGGCACAGGUUGGAGGAGACUCAUCCCAAUCUCAACAUGGCUCGAACAGGGUAAAGAUGGACAUGUUGACAAAGAUUGAGGACCUCCAAGUUCAGUUCUUUCGACUUCUCCUGAGAAUUGGGCAGACACAGAACAAUUUGCUAGUGGAAAAAGUUUUGUAUCGAAUACAUCUAGCAACUUUGAUACAGGUAGGGGUAUCUGAUCUUAAAAGAGUUAACCUUGAAAGGAUCAAAGCCAGAGCAAAAGCAGCUGAACAAGAAGCAGUUGGGAUACCAGAGUUAAACUUCACAUUUAGGAUACUUGUACUGGGUAAAACAGGAGUUGGUAAGAGUGCUACCAUAAAUUCCCUCUUUGAUCAAGCAAAAACUCCAACUGAUGCAUUUCAUCCUGCAACUGAUCAUAUCCAUGAGAUCGUAGGGACAAUUAACGGGAUAAAAGUAUCCAUCAUCGAUACUCCUGGUCUUUCACAAUUGUCCUCAGGAAAUAUGCGGAGAAAUAAGAAAAUUAUGUUUUCUGUGAAGAGAUAUAUAAGAAAAUCCCCACCAGAUAUUGUUUUGUACUUUGAUCGCCUUGACCUUGUAAACAAGCAUCAUGGUGAUUAUCUUUUGAUGAAGCUAAUAAAUGAGGUCUUUGGUUCUGCAAUUUGGUUCAACACCAUCCUAGUCUUGACUCAUUGUUCCUCAGCUCUUCCUGAAGGACCUGAUGGAUAUCCUGUCUCCUUCGAAUCAUAUGUGGCCCAUUGCUCAGAUGUUUUGCAGCAAAAUAUACAUCAGGCGUUGUCUGACUCAAAACUUGACAAUCCCAUCCUUUUGGUUGAGAACCAUCCUCAGUGUAGGAAAAAUAUUAUGGGGGAAAAAGUUCUUCCAAACGGACAGGUCUGGAGAUCACAUUUCUUGUUGUUGUGCAUUUGUACUAAAGUUCUUGGCAGCAUCAAUACACUAUUGAAAUUUCAAAAUUGCAUUGAGCUGGGGCCAUCAGCUAUUUCCCGGCUGCCUUCACUUCCCCACUUACUCUCAUCUUUUUUACGGCACCAAAGUAUGUCAAAUUCAUUGAGUGUGGAUAAUGAUUUUGAAGCUAUUCUACUCAACGACAAUGACGAAGAUGACUAUGACGAUCUACCUUCUAUUCGCAUUCUGACAAAAUCCCAAUUUGAGAAAUUGUCUAACUCUCUGAAGAAGGAAUACCUGGAUGAGCUGGAUUACAGGGAAACUCUAUAUUUAAAGAAACAGUUAAGAGAAGAGUAUCGAAAGAGGAAGGAGAUCAAGCUUUUAAAAGAUAAAGACUUAGUACACAAUGAUAGUAACAGCGACUUGCAGACAAUGCCGGAGGCAGAUGCUGUUCUGCUUCCAGAUAUGGCCGUUCCCCCAACUUUUGACUCAGAUUGUCCUGUUCACAGAUACCGUUGUAUUGCAGUAGAUGAUCAGUGGAUUGUGAGACCUGUUCUUGACCCACAAGGAUGGGAUCACGAUGUAGGCUUUGACGGGAUAAACCUAGAAACAGCGAUGAAGAUGAACAAAAAUGUUUUUACCACAGUCACUGGACAGGUGAGCAAGGAUAAGAAUGUAUUUAACAUUCAAUCUGAGUGUGCUGCUUCUUACAUGGAUUCUAGGGGAUCUUCUUAUACUUUAGGUCUUGAUGUUCAAUCUGCCGGUACAGAUAAGAUGUACACAGUUCAUAGCAAUGCAAAGUUGGGGAGCAUUAAACACAACCUUCCUGGGAUUGGAGUUUCUGUAACAUCUUUCAAGAAAAAUUGCUAUUACGGAGCAAAGCUGGAAGAUACCAUAUCUUUAGGUAAGAGAGUGAAGUUUGUAGUCAAUGGCGGUCGUAUAGAAGGAGCAGGGCAAAUGGCAUAUGGUGGGAGCAUAGAAGCUAAUUUAAGAGGUAGAGACUACCCAGUGAGGAAUGACCAUCUCAGGGUAACAAUGACAGUUCUCUCUUUUGACAAGGAAACGAUCCUUGGCGGGAACAUAGAGUCUGAUUUUCGACUUAGCCGAAGCAUGAGACUGUCAGUUAACGCCAACUUAAAUACUCGUAAAAUGGGUCAGAUCUGCAUAAAAGCAAGUAGCUGUGAGCACUUGCAGAUUGCUCUGGUUUCUGUUUUUACAAUCUUGAGAGCCCUUAUGCGUAGAAAGGAAAUUGAAACAUCGUAGUUUCUAAUGAAUCUAUGGCAUUCUGAACUCAAAGAUGAGACUACUCUGCAGUCUAGACCAAUGAGAUGUUUUUAAAGACCACACAUGAUUAAUCGUCUUCGUGCUUGUACUCUAUUUGCUUUCCCAGAGAAGCAUACUGCUGAUUGGUAGCAGAGAUAGGUGUCUUUGCCUAAAGAGUUCUGAGGAAUGUUUAUUGGUGAUGUUGGCCAGAGAUAUGUGUACGCUUGGGGGAAAUUUUGAGUUAUAAUUGUACAGCGAUAGAUAAGGUUAGCCUUUGUUCUUAAAACCUCCUGAAUAAAUUACAAUUUUUGUAUUUAUUGAACUUCUCCUUUUUUUUCUUUUUAAUAAUCUUCUUAAAACUUCCUUUUA